AAAAGGAUUUUCUUGUGACCCGACAAAAAACUUUGAAAACACUGUAUAUUUUUUUGAACCUCUUUUUCUUCUUUAUUUUUUUUUUUUCUUUCUAAUUGAACAAUGGCAAACCAUAAAUGUGUUGAUUAUAGUUUAUAUCUUGUGACAGAUAGUUCUCUUGUACCUUCUAACACCACUUUACUUGAUCAAAUAGAAAAAGCAUUGGAAGGAGGUGUCACUCUAGUUCAGUUACGCGAAAAGGAUAUGGAUACUGGUCCUUUUAUCGACUUGGCCAACAAAGUUAAAACAUUGACUAGACGUUACAAUGUUCCUUUUAUUAUCAAUGAUAGACUCGACGUGGCUUUGGCCGUGGAUGCGGAUGGAGUUCAUAUUGGUCAAGACGAUAUGCCAAUGACAGAAGCACGGAAGUUAUUGGGUCAUGGCAAGAUUAUUGGUGUAUCUUGUAAUAAUGAACAAGAAGCAAAAAAAGCAGUUGAAGAAGGUGCUGAUUAUAUUGGUAUUGGUGCUGUUUGGUUUACCUCGACAAAAGAAUUGAAGAAACAACCUCUUGGUGUUGAUGGUGUUCGACGUAUACUUGAAUCUAUUGAUGGUUAUAAAGGAUACUCAGUAGCUAUUGGUGGAAUCAAUUUGAAUAAUGCUGAAGAAUUACUUCUUGGAGGAAGACCAAAGAGUGGUAGUUAUACUUUGGAUGGUUUGGCUAUCGUAUCUGCUAUUAUUGGUGCUGCAGAUCCCAAGACUGUAUGUCAAAAUUUCACCUCUAUCUUACAAUCAACUAAUACAAAACAAGGUCUGGCAGUCCGUAACACUGUGACUCAUAUCCUCGAACAAUGGAAUCAAUCUAUAAAGAAUAUCCACACAACAACUCCGAUGGUACAUCACAUUACUAACAAUGUAGUAAUUAACGACAAUGCAAAUGCAACUCUGGCUAUUGGAGCAUCACCCAUCAUGUCUACUAAUCGUGUAGAAAUGGAAGAAUUAGCCAAGGUGAAUGGAGCCAUGGUAUUGAAUAUGGGUACUUUGAAUGACAUUGAUACUAUGAUUUUAGCAGCACAAGUCAACAAUCGUCAUGGUAAUCCCGUUGUUCUCGAUCCUGUUGGUUGUGGUGCUACGACAUUUAGAAAACAAACAGUGCAGAGAUUCCUUAAUGAAGCUCGUAUGACAAUCAUCAAGGGAAAUGGUGGCGAAAUCUUAUCGAUGGCGAAUCGUGGUGGUCGUAGCCGAGGAGUAGACUCAUUAGGAAAUGUGGAUGAGAAGAUCGCAAUACUGGCUGUAAAAGAAUUGGCCCAACAACAUCAAUGUAUUGUGGCUAUGACUGGACCUAUUGACUAUAUCUCGGAUGGAGUACGUACAUAUGCUAUUGAAAAUGGAGAUCCAAUGUUGGCAUGCAUCACGGGGAGCGGCUGCAUGGUUACUUCAGUUGUUGCUUGCUUUGCAGCAGCAAACCGAUUGGACUAUUUGAUGGCUACUAUUAUGGGCAUUCUUGUGGUGAAUAUCGCUUCGGAAUUAGCAAUGCAACGAAAAGAUGUUCACGGCCCAGGAACUUUUCGCUCAGCUUUGAUUGAUGAAUUAUACAAUAUUACACAUAAAACACCUAAUGUCUUGCAACAACGCGCAAAAAUUCGAUUUUUAUCCUAGUAUUAACCAAUAGAUCCUUAGAUUAUGAUUAUUCAGUUUAUAUAUCGUCAUUUAGUUGUAGUUUAGAAAAGGAAAAAAAAAUAAAUAUUAUGCAUUUUCU